AUGGGAAGUCGAAGUAGUAGAAACCAGCAGCAAGGUCUUGGUGCCUAUGGAUCCAGUUAUGCUCCAGGUGCCGGUUACGGUGUCGAUCCUUAUGGUAUGGGUUAUUAUGGUGGACAAUACGAUCCGUACUACGGAGGAGGAUCAGGUUAUACCGGUGGAUAUGGAUACGAUCCCUAUGGUGGGGGAUCCUAUACAAAUUAUGGUGGAGGAUAUAGUACUGGUUAUGUGACAACAGCAGUUGUACCCGCGGGACCAUUGCCACCAAUUGGGAGUGGCUAUGGUGGACUGGGAGCACUAGGUCCGUAUGGGGGAGGUCUUGGCAACUAUGGGUUAGGUGGAUUUGGUGGAAUACCACCUAAAAUCAGAGCCAUCUUUAUUCCACAAGCAUCAGCUCCAAUAUCAAUGCCAUGUUGCGGUGGUGGAAUGCCCGCACCGAUGCCUAUACCUCAGUCUCCAUGCUGUGGUAUGGGUGGUUUCGGAGGCGGUAUGGGCGGUUUCGGAGGCGGUAUGGGCGGUUUCGGAGGCGGCUUGGGCGGUUUCGGAGGCGGCUUGGGCGGUUUCGGAGGCGGCAUGGGUGGUUUCGGAGGCGGCAUGGGUGGUUUCGGCGGCGGCUUGGGCGGUUUCGGAGGCGGCAUGGGUGGUUUAGGAGGUGGUUUCGGUGGAGGAUUAGGAGGAGGAUGUUGCGGUGGUGGACUAGGCGGUGGACUAGGCGGUGGACUGGGCGGUGGUUUAGCUAGCUAUGGCGCCGGUGUACCUAUGCUGGGCGCAUUAGGAGGUCUCGGAGGAUCACCAUUUGGCGGAGGUUUCGGCGGAGGAAUGCCACUUGGCGGAGGUUUCGGCGGAGGACUGCCACUUGGCGGAGGUUUCGGUGGAGGAAUGCCACUUGGCGGAGGUUUCGGCGGAGGACUGCCACUUGGCGGAGGUUUCGGCGGAGGACUGCCACUUGGCGGAGGUUUCGGCGGAGGACUGCCACUUGGUGGAGGUUUCGGCGGAGGACUGCCACUUGGUGGAGGUUUCGGCGGAGGACUGCCACUUGGCGGAGGUUUCGGCGGAGGAAUGCCACUUGGCGGAGGUUUCGGCGGAGGACUGCCACUUGGCGGAGGUUUCGGCGGAGGACUGCCACUUGGUGGAGGUUUCGGCGGAGGACUGCCACUUGGUGGAGGUUUCGGCGGAGGACUGCCACUUGGCGGAGGUUUCGGUGGAGGAUUAGGUAUGAUAGGCGGAUUUGGUGGUGGUGUGCCUGCAUUGGGAGGUGGCUUCGGAGGACUCUCUAGUUAUGGCGGUGGUGUUCCAAUCUCGGGCGGUAUGCCGUUUAUGCCCCAAGGUGGUUUCGGCGGAGGACUGGCACUUGGCGGAGGUGGACUAGGAUUGGGUAUGCCAGCACCACUACCAGCAAUCGGAAUGGGUGGUUUCGGAGGUGGUUUCGGAGGUGGUUUAGGAGGUGGUUUAGGAGGUGGUUUAGGAGGUGGUUUCGGCGGAGUUCCAGGCGGUUUCGGAGGUGCUCAAGGUUUCGGAGGAGGAUACCCACCAAUGGGUCAACUACGAUCGAUGGCCGCUUCAUUUGUCCCACAAAUGCAGCCUUUACAACAGCUUCAAAUGUCCCAACCAAUAGUGCAACAAGUUCCAGUUCCAGUUCCAGUUCAAGUUCCAGUUCAAGUUCCAGUUCAAGUACCAGUACCACAACCUUACCCUCAACCAUAUCCGGUUCCUGUUCCCCAACCAUAUCCCGUUCCCGUUCCCGUUCCUCAACCAAUCCAGCAAUCUUAUGCACCACCUCCAAUUCAACACUUCGCCCCACAACCAUCAUAUCAACCAGCAGUAAGUUUUGCUGCCCCAUACCCGGA